AUGGUAAAGAGGCUUCUCCUAAACGGACCUACCUCUGUCAACGGCAUUCGCAAGCUCAGUCGUGCGUUUGGAAUCAGCAAUGACUGCGGUGGUUCCUGCAUCACCCACGACGCCUUUCGCACGUCCCUCAAGGAAGUUGAAGUACAUCUGGAUGAGAACCAGCUGAAGGUUAUUUAUACAAUAUUGGAUCAAUCUGGAUCCGGCACGCUCGAUCCCUCCGAAUUUGUGGCUGCCCUCCGAAAUAGUAUCUCACCCAUACGGAGGGUGUGGGUGCGGCGUGUGCUGAACGGCUUUUCGUUAAAUCCGGAUGGAGCCAUCCCGAUAGCAGAAUUGCAUGCAAAUUUUUGCGCGAAAGGGCAUCCCGAUGUGGUGAGCGGCGUGCGCACUGCUGGCGACGUUGCUGAGGAUUUUCAGUCUUCCUUUAACGAAACUACGAACCCUGACGGGGUUGUCAGUUCACAGGAGUUUGAGGAGUACUACGCUGGCGUUUCUGGAACCUUCUGCGAUGACGUCGACUUCGUGGCGAUGCUACGCAGUCUGUGGUCUAUUAAAGGGGUCUGCAAUGUCUUUCCCCAGCCUGUAGCCCUUGAGAGCGACCCCACGCAACGAGGCUUUUCGGCCUACCAAACCAUCGAACAAAAGAGCCAGGUGGUAGAAAGGAUGAAAAUGACUUCAAAGUUGACCUCCAUUAUUGUUGAUGAGCACCGACCGAUUGUUAUGGCGGAUGGUGGGUUGUCGAUGCGCCUUCUUGGCUUAGCCCUGCGUUCUGAAGAUACGUCAGAAAGCCUUUUCCUUAGUGUUCAGGACUUUUUGAAUGCCCUUCGCUUGCACCGUCUUUACAUAAACUGUCCAGAGACCAUUUGUGUAUUAGAUACCAACCGAGAUGGCAGUGUGGACUACGCUUACUAUCUGGAAUUGUUAGCUUACGAACUAACCGCUACGCGGCGCAUGCUGCUGGAGCGCCUUUGGCAUAAUCUGUUUCCAAAAAAAGACAACCGAGGACGGGUUCUGAUAAAGGAGUUUCAGGCCAAGUUUGUGGCUAGAAAUGCGGAGGAAAAAAAUGGGUUUCUUAGCGCGUGGGAUGUUCGAAAAGCAGUUAGGGGGAAGGUUGGAUUGUCUGAGCUAAUAGAGUGGUAUUCACCCAUAAGCUUUGAAAUUUACUUAGAGAAAGACUUCGAAAGCCUUUUACAUGAACAUUGGCCUGAAUUCACUGAUAAUAAGUGA